ACAAGAACACGGAAAGUCCUCCGCCCCCUUCACCAUAUCAUCUCAAAUGAAACCAGUUCCGUGUUCUGUGCCGCUACUAACAGCCCAAAUGCGUUCAAGCCUCUGUUUGUAAAAAUCAAUGCGCAUCAUCAACAUGGACCCAUGACAUGUAGCAGGUGCAUUUUUGUCACUUUUGGUGGCAUUUUUGCCCCGAGCCCUCCUUCAUUUCUGACCCUGGGCUGUUCAGCAGAGUUGAACUUUGAGCCAUAAAGUGCUUGGAUCUGCCAUCCACUUCAUCCUUACAUCAAAAGCUCCUCCAUUACCCCUUUGUGACGAUGACAUCACAGAGGAAACACCUGGUGAGGGACUUCAACCAUUUCAUCACCUGUUAUGUCUGUAAAGGGUACCUGAUCAAACCCACCACCGUGACAGAGUGCCUGCACACCUUUUGUAAAAGCUGUAUAGUCCAACAUUUUGAGGACAGCAAUGAGUGUCCAAAAUGUGGUAUCCAGGUUCAUGAAACAAAUCCUCUGGAGAUGUUAAGGCUGGAUAACACUUUAGAAGAAAUCAUAUUCAAACUUGUGCCUGGUCUUAGAGAAAAGGAAUUGCAGCAAGAGAUUGAAUUCUGGAGGAGAAACAAGUCAAAAGAAAAUGUUGAUGAGGAUGACCCUAUAUGUAAGAGAGCCAAACUAGAUGAUGAGGAGGAUGAUAAAGGUGAUGGAGACUACCACAGGAGUGAUCCGCAGAUAGCCAUCUGUCUAGACUGCUUGCGGAACAAUGGCCUGAUGGGAGAGAACAUUGUUAAGGGCUUAAUGAAAAAAUUUAUUCGCUGCUCAUCUAGAGUGACUGUUGGAACAAUCAAAAAGUUUCUAAGUCUGAAGUUAAAGCUUCCGAGUUCUUAUGAGCUAGACGUUCUAUGCAAUGGUGAGAUCAUGGGGAAAGACCACACCAUGGAGUUCAUCUACAUGACCCGCUGGAGGCUUCGGGGAGAAAAUGUAAGCCAUGAGAAUACCAGCCUACCCAAUGGUACUUGAAUAUCGACCACGCAUUGACUUUGGCUAGGCUGAAAUACCCUGCACUAAUUUCAGCCCAUCAACAGACAGCAAACUGAAUGGACUUAUCCAGUUUGGAAGAUGUACUCUUUUAGUCUCUUGUGUUAAGUAUCUUAUAGUUGCUCUCUUUAUUGGGAUAUCUGACAACCUUCUCAUUUUCUAACACAGAGACAGAUACUGUUAGAAAGAUCUGUUAGCUUAAUGCGGUCUGUGAAAAGAUUUUCACACACCACGGGGAUGUCAGUCAGUGAUAUGUGUCUUAUUCCAUGCUGUAGUUUAUUUACCAAGUUGGCACAGCAGUCAUUUUUGAGGGCCUUAAUCAAUAUGCAUAUGACGACAACAGGAUUUUAGUGCCUUUUCUUGUACAUACAUUGUCUUAAGUGCAUUUUUUGAGUUGGCUUUUUAGCCUUUAUUUUUAUAGGACAGAUAAGAGAGACAGAAAGUUGAAGUAGAGAGGUGGAGUUAGAUAAGCACAUGACCAAGGCCGGACUCAAACCUCGGUCCCUGUGAGCCAGUGGCUCUUAAGCCUCGUACACACAUGCAGCGACUUUAUCGUCGCUAGUCUCUGUACUAUGAAGUCGCUCCUGGGCGUUCCUACUGCUGUUGCUCUUACUUUUUUGGUGGACUGCACGUCUGGCCGUAUCUUUAAAAAUUGUGACCACAGAUAAGAUAGACUGCCAGUAAAACCAAGAUAUAAUUCUAAUUGACAAGGAAUUUGUUUUCUUGUCUCUAAAAAAUUACAUUCUGCUGUGUAGAGUGUUGUUACAUAAACUACAGCAAAGCUCAAUGCAUUUAAUCAUUAAUCAGAUUAGCGAUCUAUCAAUGUACAAAAUCUACAACUCAAACCCACUCAAACUGACAAUAAUUUCUAAAAUGUCAUUCUAAUUUGACAAAUAAUCAGUUAUCUUGUCCUUAAAAAUAAACAUUCUGCAGGGGAGAGUGUUUUAAUAUGAACUGCAACAGUGCUCAUUGCAUCAGAUCACUAACAAGAUGAACGAACUAUCAAUGUACGAAUCAAACUCACUCAGACUGCCAACAUUUUCCUUUCCACGCAUCAUUUUGUAUUAUUUCCAUGGACUGUAUAUGGUUACAGGCCACUCAUAUAGAACAGUGAAAAUGCUUCCAGAAAUGUUAAUUUCUCCUCUGUCUUGUCUUGUCUGCACUCAUCUCCAUUAUCUCAAAGGACGAAUGACGUGAGCUCCACUGAACACCGCCUUCACUCCUAUUGGUUGUCGCUCCCGAAAGUCGCUCUCCAUUAGCAUAAAGUUAAACUUUUCUGUCGCUCGCCAUGCCCACAUCUAGUCGCCAGAGGUUGCUGUCACUCAUGUCGCCGGAAUUCGCCAGCUCUCAUUAAAAAUGAAUGGUAUAGUGUCACUUUGUCGUUGGAAGUCACUGCAUGUGUGUAUGGGCCUUUACAGUAUAUGUCAAAAGCACUACCCACUGCGGCACAGCUCUGACUAAUUAAGAGUAUUUGGAGACAGAUUUGAGCAUACAAAGAAUAGUUUUUCCAAAGUAAAAUGUGUUUAAAGGUAUCCUGUCAUGUCAGGCUUCUUUAGUCAACGUAAGCUCUUUGCUUCCAGGUCAAAUUUCUUUUUACUGGCUCUCCUGUUUCGGAAUAAAGUAUGUUGUUAUAUUGUAGCUUCCCUUUGUCUGGAUAGGAACUGUAACUGUGUUUUAGCUGUGCAAUCUCAGCACAGAUUUUUAACAAUACAAGAAGUCAUUAAGGUACACUAUGGAGGAUUUGUCAUUUAUUAAUUUUUUUGGUUGGAAAUAAAUACAAUUUUGUUGCCAGUACAUAAAAAAUUUGUGUGCAAAACCACGUUCUUGGGUACCCAAGAGUCACUGCGGAAAGCAUACAAUAACAAUUUACAUUCAAAGUUGUUUGGUUUGAUUUCACAGAAAAUGUUUGGCUUCUAACAUUCACCCUUGUAAGUUCACUUCAUGUCUGUAAACAUGAAAAGAAGGUCCAGCUAUGUCUGUGAAAAUGCUGCUUGCAUAGAUGACAUAUUUUUUUGGGAUAUAAACAUCUUGUAGGACUUUCUUCUUACUAUCAGUGACUCUUGGUUUGACAUGGUGAUCCAAAAUGAUCACACUGGAAAUUAAAGUGUAGUUCUAGCAGGAAGAUCUUGGAAUUCAUUCUAUCAGGCAACUCAUCCAAUCACAAUACAUCCUCCGCUCUAUAAGCCUGCCAGCUGCCUCUGAAUGUUUGCAUACUUGGUCCUGGGUGAGGGUAAUCUCCGCUCCCCUGCCUCCGGCAGGAUCUGACAGUUCAAGCAGCAUCGGAGCGCUGAACCGUAGGACGGGGCUAACGCCAAAUUAUAUAAGUAUCUUUUCAUUUGUAUUAAUUCCAAUAAUCUAGAGUCUUUCUUAUAGAAAUCGACAUGUUGCUUCCUAAAGUACAUGUAUCCUGAAAUCAACCCCAUUCAACCAAAGUACUGACAAGCGGCAUUUCCCUUUAGACAUUUUUGCAUCAAUUCAAGUGUGAACACAUUCCCUCUAGCACUACUGAUAGCACGUUGCAUGACCAGCCUCAGAGACACGGGUUCUAUGAUUUGAAUUUCAGUAACCACAGACCGAUUUCAGCAGCAAAGAUUUUGACCUACUGUCUCCGAAUUCAGUGUAAUCAGUGUGUCAUAAUAGACAACCAUGUAUACCUCAAACCAUUAGAUUCAUCUAUGCAGAGAAGCAGUGCUGGAGCACAACUAACGUACAAAACAAAACUAUGUUUCUCUGCAAGUAACUUGCAUUUUUAUGCUUUAACCACAGAGGUUGAUAGAGAGCCCAGAAUUCUGUAGUGUACCUUUAAGAGUUUUAGCAUUAAUCUCAUGAUGUUGAAGGUCCUGAACUGAUAUAAAACCAGUCCACAAGAGUUUUAAAAGAUCGUCUGUUUUUGAUAUUGCCCACUUAAAUUUUUUUAUUAUUAUUAUUUAUUAUAGGCCAUAUCUCUGUGCUCAUACAAAAUCCUUUUUUUCUUUUGAGGCUUUCGGUGACUUACCUCCACUUGUGCCUCAUUUUAUCAAAUCAAAGUUCACUGGUGAAACUAACUUAGAAUUCUGUGAUAUGAGUAUGCUUCCCUGGGACCCUGAUUGAGAAUGAAGCUAAAUUCUUUGUCAUUGUGUCAUUGUGAGGUUUGUGGUUGGCAGCCUAAAAGUUAAAGUUCCUCUCAAUCUGUAAUUCUUUGGAUAAUUUUUUCAUUUCUUUUUUUUUUUUAAACAUCGGUAUAAUGUUCAAAAUUGCUGUCUUGAAUCUAAGCUUUUAAUGAGUCAUUCUUGCCUGUAACAGGUCAAAACAAAUCCUCUGUGUUUAAGUAAAUGUCAAACUGAACAUUGGAAAUAGUCAUAGUUUUCUCUUGAAAAGUAGAAAUAAGGGAUUUGUUUGACCACAUAAAAAUACAUCCAAACUGUAUAUUAGUCUUGUCAUAUUACACCAAAGACACUCUACAGCAUCUGAACACAUGGGGAAAAUAGGCUAAAAGCUGUUUCCUUACUACUACAACGCUCACUAAACAGAAGCCACAUGGACAAAAUAAAGCUUGAAGCUAACCUCUCGAAUGGCGUGCAAAAUAGACAAUGCUUAGCCAAUAUUCAGCUGUAUUUUUUUUAUUUUGUUAUUGUGAAUGUUUCAAGUCAUAACACUUUACAAAAAGUUUGUUUAGGCUGUAUUAGUUAACAUGAACAAGCAAUAAACACUACUUUUACAGCAUGUAUUAUUCUUGGUUAAUGUUAAUUUCAACAUAUACAUUUUAACAUUAAAAUCGGUUAAUGCAUUUUAAACUAACAUGAACAAACAAUGUUUUUUUUUUACAAAUUAACAUUAACCAAGAUUAAUAAAUGCUGUAAAAAAAAAAUAUAGUAUAUUGUUAGUUCACGAUACCUAAUGCAUUUACUAAUGUUAACAAAUAGAACCUUAUUGUAAAGUGUUACCAAGUGAAAACAAUCACAUGACAUUUGAUGGAAACCUGUUUAAAAAAAAAAAAAUCUUGAAUUUUUGGAUUGUGUUUGCAAAAAAGGGGACAAGAACGAAGCUGAAUUAUAUGUGUUUAGAUUAGAGAAUGUCCUUGUGCUGCAAUGAUCGCCAUGUAUUUUUAUAAGAAGCCAUUGUAGAUAUUUUAUCUUUAAAAAUGGAAAUGUAUGUUGUUUCUUUAACAAACAAUAAAAUGCUGCUUAGAAUAAUCUAUUCUAUUUUUCAGUGUAAUGUUGCAAAGGAGAUUUCUAUAGAGAUUAGUCAUGUACUGUGUAUAUAGCACAUGCCAGUUAUUGUAUUUGUGUGUCUUUGUUCAGAAAAAUAAAUAAAUAAAUGCACUCAGAA